AUGGGUCUGAUCGACAAGCUACAAGCAAGAUUAGAACUAUACAAGCUAGAGCAGCGGUAUACGCGACGAAAGAACCGCGCAACUUUCACCACGGCGGCCCAGUAUGUAGACGGGGAAUACGUCUAUGGCAUGGCCACGUCGCCCACAAGUACAAUCUCCAAACAGUCGACCGGCAGUCAAUGGCGACCCUCGGUCGCCCGCACACGGUCAUAG